AGUCACUCACUCUCACAGGAUCUGCUCAGAAACCCCAGCUCCUAUGAUUCACUGAAUUUCAAUUCACCCUUUGGAACUUUACAGGACUCUUAACUUUUUUUUUACCCUUUAAAUUAAGGAUUUUUUUUUUCUUAACAACAAUCCCUGCAGCAUGGAGCCCCCCACUCCGGAAUAUGGUGACAGCUAUGAGUACUAUGAUGACAAUGAGACUGCGUGUGACUUCUCAGAGUGGGAGCCUUCUUACUCCCUCAUCCCGGUCCUCUACAUGCUGAUCUUCAUCCUGGGUCUGUCAGGUAACGGCGUGGUCAUCUUCACUGUCUGGAGGUCCAAAUCUAAACGUCGGGCUGCAGAUGUCUAUAUAGGAAAUCUGGCACUUGCUGACCUCACCUUUGUUAUAACUCUACCUCUCUGGGCUGUGUACACAGCCCUGGGCUACCACUGGCCCUUUGGCGUGGCUCUGUGCAAGAUCAGCAGCUAUGUUGUUCUGGUAAACAUGUACGCCAGUGUUUUCUGCCUCACCUGCCUGAGCUUUGACCGCUACCUGGCCAUCGUCCACUCUCUGUCCAGCAGCAGGCUCCGUUCGCGGGGCACCAUGCUGGCAUCGCUGGGUGCUAUUUGGCUCCUGUCUGGCCUCCUGGCUGUGCCCACACUGCUGUUCCGCACCACUGUGAAUGACCUAAACAGCAACCGGACCACAUGUGCCAUGGACUUCAGCCUGGUGACCAUGAACCAGAGGCAUGAGUACCUGUGGAUUGCAGGACUCAGCCUGUCCUCCUCUGCCUUGGGUUUCCUCCUACCUUUCUUGGCCAUGACCAUCUUCUACUGCUUCAUCGGCUGCACGGUCACACGCCACUUCAACAACCUGCGCAAGGAGGACCAGAAGAAGAAACGACUGCUGAAAAUCAUCACCACACUGGUGGUGGUGUUUGCCAUCUGCUGGACUCCCUUCCACGUGCUGAAGAGCAUGGAUGCCCUCUCCUACCUGAACCUUGCUCCGAGCUCCUGCGGCUUCCUGCGUUUCCUGCUGCUGGCUCACCCCUACGCAACUUGCUUGGCCUAUGUCAAUAGCUGCCUCAACCCGUUCCUGUAUGCCUUCUUUGACCUGCGUUUUCGCUCCCAGUGUCUGUGCCUGCUCAACCUGAAGAAAGCUAUGCACGGCCAGAUGAGCUCCAUGUCGUCCACUCUCAGCGCCCAGACUCAGAAGUCAGAGGUUCAGUCUCUGGCCACCAAGGUGUAGAGAGCAAAGUGAAACAGGGCUGCUGCAGGACAGCUCCAACUGCUGGAACACUUGUAAAAAUACAGACUUUAUGUGUCCAUUGUUCAACGCUGGUAAGAUGAGAUGAUGAACUUUGAAUUGUCACUGCCUACAGUCAUGAUAUCCAUUAUGUGUUCCUCCCAAUGUACAGUGAGAGAGGCCAAUGCUCUGUAUGCUGUGUGAACUUGGGAAGCUGGAGCCAGCUGGCUGAGCUCCUUUAGCUGCAUUGUUCCUCAAAUUCUCAGAGAAAAAAAAAGUCUUUAUUUUUUCUGUUUAAAUUUGUAUUUGCAGAGGUUUUUUCAUUUGUAUCAUGAAAAAAGGCAGAAAUAUGAAUUGCUCUUUACACUGGAUGAAACCUAAAGCUACACCCUAUUUUCAUACCAUCUUUGUUCGGAUAUAUUGCUGAUUUAUUGUAGAAGCACUUGUUGUACAUGAGCAGGGAAAUCAAACAAAGCAGUCUCUUCAAAGCUUGAUGUUUUAGAAGGUAGAAGUCUGGGCUACGGAAGGGAGGGAGGGAGGUGUAAAAGGAGCAAAGGUGUUGCAGCUUAAUUACAUAGUUUGUGGGGAGGAGAUGGGGCAGACAGGCAGAUGGCAGUUGACAAAUGUUGCUGAGGGACAGGAGCGGGUGGGGCGCUAUGGAGGGGUUUUGCAGUGCAGCCACGCACUAAAGGGACAAAGGAGCCUUAUAAAUGGUCCAAAUCGAUGUAUAUGUUUUAUUUUUUGACAUCGCUGUAACUAACUACUGUAUUAAAGAUGUGUGCUAUGAACCAGA